AUGGCCGCCCAGAUAUCCGACGAGAUCAUGCCGGAGGAAAUCUCUCCCCCGAACUCGACAGCCUGCGGACAGAUCCCAUUAGAACAACCGCCCAAGCUGAAGGGUCGCCAGAAGUUCCUGCAGAAUCUUCAGCGAAUGUCGUCUAGCCCGACAUUGGCAAGACGUGCGCGCUCGGCAUCUACUUCUGGCCUCCGGCGAGAGCACAAGGCUUCCCUAUCUUGUGUUUCGUUAUCAUCGACCGCAUACUCGCCUUGUCUGGGAAAUGGGAGUUCCUCUCAGCUCUAUGGAGGUCUCAAUCCUCGUCCUGCUACACCCGGUUGUUCUGGUUCUCCUGGCGAGUUCCAGGGCUCUAACCUUCGCCCACGUCUAGUUGAUACUGAUGGGCCCAGUGGCCCUUUACCCCGCACCGUACCUCUGCCCUCAGACGUGAGGCCGGCCUCACGGGGGUCACCGCGAACAGGCACACCGGUGGGGAUUAGGAUGGAGGAGAUCGUUCUCCCGGAAUCCGAGCCAGUGAAGACCUUCGAUUUCUGGGGUGAUAUGCCGCGAGAGCUCAAAAUGGAGGUCUUUCAGCAUUUGACACCGCAGGAGAUUGUUCGCUGCUCUGCUGUUUCCAAGGCGUGGAAUGAGAUGUGCUAUGAUGGGCAGCUAUGGUCUAAGGUUGAUACAACGGAGUACUAUUCCAAGAUCCCCAGCGAUGUUUUGGUGAAGCUCAUCACUUCUGGUGGUCCGUUCGUUCGAGACCUCAAUCUGAGAGGUUGCAUCCAGAUGCGUGAUAAGUGGUCAUCUGAUGGAGAACGCAUAUCGGAUUUGUGCCGGAAUGUCGUCAACUUUUCGCUGGAGGGUUGCCGUAUCGACAAGCCGUCUAUUUACUCUUUCUUGCUCCGCAACCCUCGUUUGGAAAAUAUCAAUGUUUCGGGGUUGUCGAGUGUCACGAACUCAGCCAUGAAAGUCAUUGCCCGGUCUUGCCCCCAACUUGAGACAUUGAAUGUUUCGUGGUGCAACAAUGUUGACAGCUCUGGUCUUCUUCGGAUUGUCCAGUCCUGUGAGCGGUUGAAGGACCUCCGAGCUAGCGAGAUUCGGGGCUUUGGCAAUGAAAAGUUUACCUUGGCUCUGUUUAAGCGCAAUUCUUUGGAACGCUUGAUCAUGAGCCGCACCGACUUGACUGAUCAGAGUCUGAAGAUGCUGAUCCACGGCAAAAAUCCCAAUGUGGACCUCCUGACCAAUCGCCCUGUGGUUCCACCGCGACUAUUCCGCCAUCUAGACCUGCAUCAAUGCGCCGAGAUAACCGAUGAUGGUUUGAAGAGUUUAGCUCAUAAUGUUCCAGACUUGGAGGGAUUGCAGGUUUCUCAAUGCUCUGAGUUGACCGACAGCUCGAUCAUCGACGUCAUCCAGACCACACCUAAGCUGUCCCAUCUGGAAAUGGAAGAUUUGGAGAACUUGACCAACAGUGUCCUUGUGGAGCUAGCCAAAUCUUCAUGUGCCCAGCACCUAGAGCACUUGAACGUCAGCUACUGCGAGAGCCUCAGUGACACGGGCAUGCUACAAGUGAUGAAGAGCUGCCCAAAGCUCCGAUCCGUCGAAAUGGACAACACCAGAGUCUCGGACUUGACCUUGAUGGAAGCCAGCUUCCGCAUCCGCAAACGCGGGUACAGCGACGAUCUCCCGGCAGUCGGACUACGACUGGUGAUCUUCGACUGCGCAAACGUUACCUGGGCAGGUGUCAAAGAAGUGCUCUCCAGCAAUGCCUAUGUCCCCCGCGCCUCACGCAAACCCACAUCAACAGUCGUGACAGUAACACAAACAUCCGACGCAGGCUCUUCCCCCAUGACCAGCACAUACGUUACUCCAAGCUCCACCCCUCCACCCUCAUCAACAUCCCCAAACGAAAUCAUCCAACUCAAAUGCUUCUACGGGUGGCAGAUGACCGUCGACGAGCACACGAAGCGUGUCCUCCGCGGUGAUCUGGCAGCUGCUUCCCGGCUGGACCGGAAGUGGGCCGAUUACAUGAUGGCCACAGAGGAAGCUGGCGCUGCCGGUGCCGGUGCGCGCCGACGCAGGCGCCGUGCUCGCGAGGCCGAGCGGCUCUACAAUGCCGAUGAGGAUGAAAAUGAUGCUUACGGUAUAGGUGCCAUCACUGCUCUUGGUGGUAGACGUCGCCGAGCUCAGAGUGGUGGCAGUUGCACUGUUAUGUGA